CGAACACUUGUUAGGCGCUGUAGCCAUGAUAUGGAGUUGUGUUCCUGAUACCAUGAUUUUAAAUCAUAUGAAAUCAUGUGGAAUUGCUAUACCUGGUAGUAUAAAAGGAACAGAAGGAUUGACAGAAUUUCCCAUCCCAGAAGAGAUGACAGAAGAGUGGACAGAAUUUUUGGCACUUUAUCAGGUCCUUGAACACAACAAUGAACUAGAACACAUAUGUGAGUACUGUGCCCUCAGAGAGCCAUUUGAGCUGGAUAAGCAGAAGCAAAGGUCAUCUAUGUGUAAAUACAAUACAUCUAAUUCCCCUCAAGUACCAGAAACCGAGCCUAUUUAUGGAUAUAAGCCUUGGGUACCGGAAAUGUCCGCCUGGAUCAGCAGUUGGUUUGAUGUGUGUGGUGGUACGGUAGAAGGUGACACGAGAAGAUUAUAGCACAUAAAGAGCACGGGGGAAAAGUUUUUAAUUCAUGUAAGUGGUUAUUAUGUCACCCAUAAGAAAUCUGGAUAUGGCGCUAUUUUACGUGACAAUCUGUUGAAGCCAAUAAUCGUUGAGUGUAAAAUGCAGCCUAAAGAUGAGAGUGUUUCACUUUUUUAUCAUGAACUACAAGGAGUUAACCUUGGGUUGGAACUUGCCAUUUGUUAUGGAGUUCUCAAUUUUCGGUUUUAUUGUACUUUAUCAGCUGUUGAUUAUUUCGUUCGGGAUUGUUUGCAUUAUGAUGCAAGAUACCCUCCCAAGGAAAUAUCUGAAUGCAGAUGUCACUCCAGAUCAAAUAACUUCUUUGUAGUAUGUAAAGCUUGUUUGAAGUUGAGAAUUCCUGUCGACCAGAGGGAAAAUGCGGAGCUUAUUCUUCCUGUCAUUCAAGAUAUCAUCACCAAAGUUUCUUUGUUACACGAUAAGGGUCUUCCGUACUAUAGGUAUAAUUUGACUGCUGCUUGUGAAAAUAAUCGUAUUGGUCGCUAUGUGGCGAGUCUUGAAGUAAGCAAAAGGAUGACACCUCGUGAAAUUAAAGAGGAUGGGGGUCUAACACGUCUUCUUUAUGAUGAAGCUGUGGAUCUUCACACAUGGUGCGACAUAAAGCCAUCUUAGAACUACUGUAUUCAGUCUGUCACUCCAAACAGUGGUUGUAUGUGGAAAUUGUCGAACUGUUUCGUGCCAACUGACUGGAGGUAAAGCACUAAAGACUUACCGAGGGAUGCUCAUUCAGGAGAAAGGGAGAUUAGAAGUUGCGAUAAUCGAAUGAUGUGGUAAUGGUAGAAUGAAUUUUGUUUUUCUUUCUACUCUUGUUUAGAUUUUAAUUGGAGAAUGGAAGCCAGGGAAUUUGGAUUUUGGUAUUGAAGUAGUCUUGCUGCGGGGCCGUCUGGGUCUUUUGGAUUUUUGUUCAAAUGAUAGUAUUACAGCUAGUUUGCGAUAAUCGAAUCAUUCUUGCGGCGUUGUUUUUAUCUGGACAUAUAGAUUACACAUUAUGCUAUUCUGGAGUUGCUGCUCUUGAUUGGGAGAUAUGUAAAACAUGUUGCAUUAUAAUGAGUAUAUGCCAGUCGCAUUACUCUUUCAA